AUGACAGACAAUACAAAAUUGUCCGUGUACUCGACAUAUCGUGAAGCAACCAGAGCACUUCUCCAUAUAGUGGGUCUAUGGCCUCUGGGGCAUUCCAAUUUUUUCUACCGUUUCCUCCCCUUUCUGUACAUUUUCGCCGUUUCUGUGGCUAUUUUUGCAACACUCAAUUACGUCUUUCAUCACAUCACACAGGUGCCACUCGUGGUGAAGGGAAUGGGCAUCGGAACCAGUCUCAUCACAGUAAUGCUCAAGAUGAGUACAAUGCUGAUCCAUCGAGAGCGUGCCCGAGACCUCCACCAGAUCCUGGAGCAGUCGUUCAGAGCAGCUCUAGGCGAUAAGAGACUGACUAAUCUCUUGCUCAAGGGAAUCAGCACUGUUCGUGCAUUAUGCUGGAUCCUAAUUCCCACUGUUUUCGUGAUGAUGGCGGUUUACACUGUCACCCCAAUUUGGAAUAUUAUCCUCCAGAAGCGAAACACGGAGACCAUGACGUAUCAACUGAUCUACCCUGGAGUUUAUCCCUGGGAUAUUCCAAACGUGCUGAUAUACCGAAUCCACUACACCAUCGAAACAUUCGCAUCGAUAACAAUUUUCAGCGUUACCUGCGGCAUCGAUGCACUAUUCGCUUAUUACAUAUUCCUCAUGAUCGGACAGCUCCGGAUGAUGACAUACAAACUGACACACCUGGAUGACCAGAAGAGGAUUGAAGUUGUCGUGAAAGAAUGUGUGAUAUAUUCGGUCCUAUCAUCCUGUGGAUGA